GGCCGCGCGGCGCCCGGCUGUGGGCGGUGCGGGGGUCGGCGGCGGCCGGAAGCAGGCUGAGCCAGCCUCUCCGAGCGCUGCCUGCGCUUCCGGGAACCUGGAGCCGGGCUCUAGAGUUUUCCGGUAGGCGGCGCGGUAAGAGUAAGAGGCUGCAGGCGCCGGGCCGGGCGGAUCCCCUCCUCUCCCAAUGUGAGCGGCGUCCUGAGCCCCCGUCAGGCGAAGGCGGCCCAGAGUGGUGGAGCCGCUGGCCGGGCCGGGAACAUGAGGCAGCGUGUCUUCUUCCUGAGCAGCUUGGUUCUUUUCGUGCUGGCGCCGCGACCGCCGGACGAGCCGGGCUUCGGCUCCCCCCAGCGACUCGAAAAGCUUGAUUCUUUGCUCUCCGACUACGAUAUCCUCUCUUUAUCCAAUAUCCAACAGCACUCUGUAAGAAAAAGGGAUCUACAGGCCUCAACACACUUAGAAACACUACUAACUUUUUCAGCCUUGAAAAGGCAUUUUAAAUUAUACCUGACAUCAAGUACUGAACGCUUUUCCCAAAAUUUCAAAGUCGUGGUCGUAGAUGGGAAAGAUGAAAGUGAGUACCCCGUCAAAUGGCAGGACUUCUUCAGUGGACAUGUGGUUGGUGAGCCUGACUCUCGGGUUCUAGCUCACAUAGGAGAUGAUGAUAUCACAGUAAGAAUCAACACAGAUGGGGCGGAAUAUAAUAUAGAGCCACUUUGGAGACUAAUUAAUGAUACUAAAGACAAAAGAGUGUUAGUUUAUAAAUCUGAAGAUAUCAAGAAUGUUUCACGUUUGCAGUCUCCAAAAGUGUGUGGUUAUAUAAAGGCGGAUAAUGAAGAGUUGCUUCCAAAAGGGCUGGUAGGCAGAGAGCCACCUGACGAGCUUGUUCAUCGGGUGAAGAGAAGAGCUGACCCUAAUCCCCUGAAGAACACGUGUAAAUUAUUGGUGGUAGCAGAUCAUCGCUUUUACAGAUACAUGGGCAGAGGGGAAGAGAGUACAACUACAAACUACUUGAUAGAGCUAAUUGACAGAGUUGAUGACAUCUAUCGGAACACUUCAUGGGACAAUGCAGGUUUUAAAGGUUAUGGAAUACAGAUAGAGCAGAUUCGCAUUCUCAAGUCUCCACAAGAGGUAAGACCUGGUCAAAGGCACUUCAAUAUGGCAAAAAGUUACCCAAGUGAAGAAAAGGAUGCUUGGGACGUGAAGAUGCUGCUAGAGCAAUUCAGCUUUGAUAUAGCUGAAGAAGCAUCUAAAGUCUGCCUAGCACAUCUUUUCACCUACCAAGAUUUUGAUAUGGGAACUCUUGGAUUAGCUUAUGUUGGGUCUCCCAGAGCAAACAGUCAUGGAGGUGUUUGCCCAAAGGCUUAUUAUAGUCCAAUUGGAAAGAAAAAUAUCUAUUUGAAUAGUGGUUUGACCAGCACAAAAAAUUAUGGUAAAACCAUCCUUACAAAGGAAGCUGACCUCGUUACAACUCAUGAAUUGGGGCACAAUUUUGGAGCAGAACACGAUCCAGAUGGUCUAGCAGAAUGUGCCCCAAAUGAGGACCAGGGAGGAAAGUAUGUUAUGUAUCCCAUAGCUGUGAGUGGCGAUCAUGAGAACAAUAAGAUGUUUUCAAACUGCAGUAAACAGUCCAUCUAUAAGACCAUUGAAAGUAAGGCCCAGGAGUGUUUUCAAGAACGCAGCAACAAAGUGUGCGGGAACUCCAGGGUGGACGAGGGGGAGGAGUGUGACCCCGGCAUCAUGUACCUGAACAACGACACCUGCUGCAACAGUGACUGCACGCUGAGGCCGGGCGUCCAGUGCAGUGAUAGGAACAGUCCUUGCUGUAAAAACUGUCAGUUCGAGACGGCCCAGAAGAAGUGCCAAGAGGCUAUUAAUGCUACUUGCAAAGGCGUGUCUUACUGCACAGGUAACAGCAGUGAGUGCCCCCCUCCCGGCGAUGCUGCCGACGACACGGUGUGCUUGGAUCUCGGCAAGUGUAAAGACGGCAAGUGCGUGCCCUUCUGCGAGCGGGAGCAGAGGCUGGAGUCCUGCGCGUGUAACGAAACCGACAACUCGUGCAAGGUGUGCUGCAGGGACCCCUCGGGCCGCUGCCUGCCCUAUGUCGACGCUGAACAGAACAACUUAUUUUUGAGGAAGGGAAAGCCCUGUACAGUAGGAUUUUGUGACAUGAAUGGCAAAUGUGAGAAGCGAGUGCAGGAUGUCAUUGAGCGGUUCUGGGAGUUCAUUGACAAGCUGAGCAUCAAUACUUUCGGGAAGUUUUUAGCAGACAACAUCGUAGGUUCCGUCCUGGUUUUCUCCUUGAUAUUUUGGAUUCCUUUCAGCAUUCUGGUCCAUUGUGUGGAUAAGAAACUGGAUAAGCAGUUUGAAUCUCUGUCUCUGUUCCACCCCAGUAACGUCGAGAUGCUGAGCAGCAUGGAUUCCGCGUCGGUCCGCGUCAUCAAGCCCUUUCCCGCGCCCCCGACCCCGGGCCGCUUGCAGCCCCUGCAGCCUGCGCCUGCGGUGCCCCCCGCGCCCUCUGUGCCCGUGGCGCCAAAGCUGGACCACCAGCGGAUGGACACCAUCCAGGAGGACCCUAGCACGGACUCGCACGCCGACGAGGACGGCUUCGAGAAGGACCCCUUCCCGAGUAGCAGCGCGGCCGCCAAGUCGUUCGAGGAUCUCACGGACCGUCCGGCCGCCAGAAGCGAAAAGGCCUCGUCCUUUAAGCUGCAGCGUCAGAACCGCAUUGACAGCAAGGAAACCGAGUGCUAGUUCAGGACCGCGUCCCGAGCUCUCUGACUUCCGUGUGCAGAAUGUUUUCGUAGAUUUGACCUCAAAUCACUGCAUAUUUUUUGUGAAGAUUUGGGAGAAAAAAGGAAGUGACUUCACAGCAGAUGCCGGUCAUGUGUUUGGACUUCCUUCGCAUACGUUAAUACUUGUGUGGUCAGGCCCUUUUCCUUCUGAAGAGGUAAGGUGAAUCUAGCUUAUUUUGAGGCUUUCAGGUUUUAGUUUUUUUGAUCUUUCAGCUAUCCUUCAACCUCUGACGCAAAAGCAGAAACUACAGCUGGAUUAGGUUAUGAGUAUUUACAUUUUUGUAAAUUAACUUUUUAUGUUGAGAACGGCACUGAUUAGGGAGAUGAUCAGUUCUUUUUAAACACUGUAAUGAUCCAGCGAACAUAAUGAGGCAUUUAGCAGUUUCUUGUGAGGGUAACUGGAACACAGAAUAGAUUGAUUUAUUCUUUUGCCUUCAACACAAAGGGAGAUAAAACCCAUGUAUACAUUGUCUCCAAAAUGUGGGUUCUGUUUCUAGGUAUUAUGUAGAACUUGUAGCAGAAGAAGGGAAUUACACUGCUAAAUUUAGGGAUAAGUUGGGUUAAUGUUUCUUAAUUCUAAAUUGUUAAGAAUUUCUAAUUUCUAGAAUUAAAACAAUCUAGCUUAUAGUGAGGGUUACAAAUUGUAGCCCAGUGAAUCUACAGAAUUCUGCCAACUGUUUUAGGACCCUAGAGAGCCGGGCAGUUUUUGUGUGUUUCUGAAGUAUCUUCACGUAUCAAUACUGUCACCAUCCUCCUAAAACAUUGGCCGUUCAGAAAGCCUGAACUACUUCAGAAUGAGAGAGCUAUGGUCGCCUCUUCUCAAACACUAGUGGCCAAGAGGGUACAUGAGAUGGUUUCUGCCAGAAGAACAGGGUGUGAUGUGCUGGCCUGGGGCUUUCUCCCCACACAGUUGAUUCCUAAAAACCCUUGGUAUCGACCCACGGUACUUCUUGAUCUAGUGCUUCAGUAUGGUCUGCAUCUACUGUGUGAAGGAUAAAAACCAUCAGGUUGAAUUCCGAUUGAUUUCCUUUUACAAGCUUCUUUCCCCUGCUAAGUACUGAAAUGUGCUCACCAGCGAACCCAUUUUAACUGAGAUAACUUGUAAGCUUUGAGAGCAAUCAACCAAACCUGUGACAAAUCGUAUCUUUUUUUCUAAGGAUGUUUGUUACGCAGAUACCUGUUACACUAAUACUUGAACUUGUACCUUGUGGUAUUUGCUGUCUUUUAACUAGUCAUAAUAUUCUUAUAUUGUAGUUAACACUUUUGCAAUCUGUUAUGUGAGUGGGGUGUGUGGGUGUAUGUAUGAGAGUGAAAUGGUUCCCAGCUGAAUGUAAGAAACCAUUUUUUAUAAAAUUGUGACUUUUUAAAAAAACAACACUGUCUUUA